CCGCGCGAGCGAGACGCACCGCACACCUCGCCGGCAACCCUACAAUUAGUCGGCGAGAUUCGUUCGCCGCAUCGAUUCGUUGAUAAUUGUUGGAAAACAUUCGAUUUUCAAAUUAGAAUUUCGGGCGCGAGUGUCGUUUGUUUGUCGGUUGGAUGUGAAGAUGAACUGUGCGUACUACCAGCAGGGCGCGGGGCAACACCCCGCUCCCCAUAAUGCCAACAAUUGCUAUUUCAACGAGGUUAGUAUCGACUCCGUGUCCACCGACCAGAAGGACAUGAAGAUAUUAGAGCACCCGAGCCUGCGCGGCACGCCGCUGGCCAUGCUGGCGGCGCAGUGCAACAAGCUGUCCAGCAAGUCGCCGCCGCCGCUGGCCGACGCCGCCGUGGGCAAGGGCUUCCACCCCUGGAAGAAGAGCCCCGGCGCGCCCUCCCCCCCCGGCCCCGCGCGCGCGCCGCCCGCCUGCUCGCCCUACGCGCGCGCGCCGCCCGCCUGCGCCGCCGCGCCCGCCUACCCCAACGACCUGUACUUCCCCUCGUCCGGCGACCAGCUGCUCGGCAAGAGCGAGUCCAGCGCCAGCCUCGGCUCCAUGUACUCGCGCCACCCCUACGAGUCGUGGCCCUUCAACGUGGGCGGCGGCGGCGGCGGCGGCGCGCUCAAGGCGGCCGACAUGGGCGGCGUGGGCGCCGUGGGCGGCUCGUGGUGGGACAUGCACGGCGGCUGGCUGGACGUGGGCGGCCAGAUGGCCAACUACGCGGGACAGGAGUACUCUCAGCUGACGCACGGGCUGGGCGGGGGCGCGCACCUGCUGCCGGCCGCGCCGCACCUGCUGCAGGACGCCUACAAGUCCGUGCUGCCGUCGCAGGGCGGCUUCCUGCACGCGCCGCCCUCGCCCGCGCCCGCACAGGCGCCCUCGCCGCGCUCGCAGCGCCGCUACGCCGGCCGCGCCACGUGCGACUGCCCCAACUGCCAGGAGGCGGAGCGCCUGGGCCCGGCCGGCGCGCACCUCCGCAAGAAGAACAUCCACAGCUGCCACAUCCCCGGCUGCGGCAAGGUGUACGGCAAGACCUCGCACCUGAAGGCGCACCUGCGCUGGCACACCGGCGAGCGCCCCUUCGUCUGCAACUGGCUGUUCUGCGGCAAGCGCUUCACGCGCAGCGACGAGCUGCAGCGCCACCUGCGCACGCACACGGGCGAGAAGCGGUUCGCGUGCCCCGUGUGCAACAAGCGCUUCAUGCGCUCCGACCACCUCGCCAAGCACGUCAAGACGCACAACGGCGGCAAGAAGGGCAGCUCCGACUCGUGCUCCGACUCGGAGGAGAACAGCCAGGGCGAGGGCGCGGGCGGCCGCUCGCCCGAGCUGGACGUGAAGCCGGGCGGCGGCGGCGGCGGCGGGCUGGUGUGACGCGGGCGCGCGGGUCCCGCCGCGCCGCCCCCCGCCAUGCUGUGAUCCGCCCGAGCCGAGCCGCUGUACAUAUCACGCCACCCACCCUGUACAUACUAGUGUGGACUUGUAUCAUAGACUGUGCGGUUGAUAUAUCGUUAUAAAUGAAGUGUAUGUAAUUGUUGAUGUGAGACUUUUAAAGUGCUGUACAGAACUUAUAAAUAUAAAUAUACGUUAUGGAUAGAUAGAUUUGAGACAUAUUUUUAGUUUAAUUAUAAGUAGAGUCACAGUUAGUCGAGAUUGGAAUUUAAAUUACAUAUGAUGUUUUAUUUAUUUCAUUGCAAACGAACAUUGUGUUGUGAAGCGAUAUUUAUACGAAAAAAUGCGCUUUUUAAAUAGUUAUGUCUAUUAAAUUAAAAUCGAGAGCUUAAAAACCACAGAUAUUACUUAACAACUAGUUACAUAAUUUAAGCUUUCGGCAGAAGAUGUAAAUCGUAAGAUUUUAAACGUAUUGAAUCCGUGAAAUAUAAUUCACAACAGUCCCCUGUUAUGUUAUUGAUGCCUUUUUACAAGAAUAUCUAAGUUACAGACAUUUUAUAUUUAUAUUAAAACUGAUGUAAUUUUCCUAAAUUGUUUAACUCUUUAGUGUAAAAUCCACUUAUUGUAUAGAACUUAAAUUUAUAUAUUGUAUAAAAUUGUGCGAAGUAAAAGAUGCCUGAAAUUGAUUUUCUAAAAAAUAAAUACAUUAUUUUCAAAUGAUA